AUGGGAGCAGUACCUCGCCUGCGUCUGCUCCCAGCCCCAGCCCCUGAGCCUGGGGAGUCUUCUUACCACCCGUAGCAAGCUGCGUUGCUGGAGUUCAUCUAAGAAGGCCCCAUCCUUGGCUUGCUUUGACAAAGCAGUGGAGUGUUUUGCCGUGGAGCCUAGCUCCAUAAAGGAAGAUGCCCAGAUGCUGGUGGAAUGUGAUGGAUGGGCAGUGGAAUUUAUCUCUGGCCAAGGUCUGAGUGAGAACUGUGUCUUCUCAAAGGAUGGCGUGGCUGGCUAUAACAUCAAUGAGAAGAGUGAGACGUUGUUCCUAGAGCGUCUCCAAGCAGGGAUUGUCCAGCUGAACUUGGAGAACUUAAGGAAGGCAAGGGAUGUGAUGGAGUCAGCAGGGGGCAAGAAGUGUUUUGGCGUAGCUUUGUCCAAGUUACAGCAGGAGCCCUGGUGUGUCCAGAACAAUGCCAAGAUGGUGGUUAUUAUGGGCAGCGAAGAAAGGAUUGUGUUGAGCUCUGGGAAAGGAGAGAACCAGAUUGAGGUGACCAUCUCUGAAAAAGGGAUCUGCUAUGAAGUGUCUACACGGGGUGGUGGGAGCUGGUAGCCAGAAUGCUGAAAAGAUUCACUGAAGGCUGGUUCAACAUGGGCAGCAACAGCAGGAAUGGCAGCAGAGGAAUCUGGAAUGCAGAACAGGCCCGCCAAUGAUUUUCAGCACCUGGGUCUAAAUUUCUCUUGAGUAUUUUAUAGAUAGCAGGUAGAGCAAUCCUCUAACUCAGGAUUUGUCUUCUAGUAUAACCUGGUUGUGGAUUAAGAGUAUUAAGCAAGUAGGUGAGCUAAAUUAUGACUGCAGUCCUUGCCCUGCCCACCCCAUAAAUAAUUGUUGAGUAAUUUCCAAGACUGUCCUUUCUUUCUUUCUUUCUUUCUUUCUUUCUUUCUUUCUUUCUUUCUUUCUUUCGUUUCCUUCUCAUUGUCUUAAUGAAACAUUAGGGUGAAAAAACUUAGAUGCCUUCUUUUUUCUCAGAUGCCUUCUCAAUGUGUAUCUUCAGCAUAUAAUAAUAAUAAUAAUAAUAAUAAUAAUAAUAAUAAUUUAUUAUUUAUAUCCCGCCCAUCUGGCUGGGCUUCCCCAGCCACUCUGGGCGGCUUCCAAAAAAAAUAUUAAAAUACUGUAAUACAUCAAACAUUAAAAGCUUCCCUAAACAGGGCUGCCUUCAGAUGUCUUCUAAAAGUCUGGUAGUUGUUGUUCUCUUUGACAUCUGGUGGGAGGGCGUUCCACAGGGAGGGCGACACUACUGAGAAGGCCCUCUGCCUGGUUCCCUGUAACUUGGCUUCUCGCAGUGAGGGAACCGCCAGAAGGCCCUCGGUGCUGGACCUCAGUGUCCAGACAGAACGAUGGGGUUGGAGACGCUCCUUCAGGUAUACUAGACCGAGGCCAUUUAGAGCUUUAAAGGUCAGUACCAACACUUUGAAUUGUGUUUGGAAAUGUACUAACCGUAACCCUUCCUAACCCUUCCUAAUCCUAACCCUUCCCUACCGCUCCUUCCCAGAACAUCAUGAUACUCCCUGGCCCAGGCGACUAAUUUUUGCUGUGUGUGUCAAAGAGCUAAAUGGGACCCUCUUCUCCAUUCCUAACGGAGGCUUAUCCAAGAGAAGGAAGGAAGACCUGCCCCAUCAUUCACUGCUUAUUCUCGAGACAGCCCCCACUUGCCCCCUGUCUUGCUUGCAACCAGUUCAGGAGAUAGCACUGCCUGUCGGAUUCUUGUUGUUUUCUUAUUUGUAGAACUCAUGAGGGAGGAGGGGGAACAGGAGGACAAAACUAGAAUUGGGCCCCAUCUGUGCUAUUCAUUUAAAAAAAGGAUCACACCUCGGGCAGUACAUCCUGUUUUGCCGCCUGAGGCAAAACAGGAAGGUGCUGUAGCUGCCAAAGUCUCACUUACCUGGGUUGAGAGGCAAUGCCUGCAAAGCAGUUUUGACAAUGUUGGGCUCUGCUGAUAAUCUUGUGAGAUCUGGCCAAAGCUGCUGCUGGCACCGCUUCUCUACCAGUGGUGGAAGUGGGCAGGGAGCCUGUGGAACACUGCCUUUUGGGCUUCUGCUACCCGAGGUGGCUACCUCUGCCUGUCACAUGGGCGAGCCGGCCCUGAUUUAACCAAUUUAACCACUGUGUCUUCCCCCAAAGAAUCCUACUGUUCUCAGAGUGGUUUAACAAUCAAUUCCUCUUUCAGGGGACAUUUUAUCAUAUGUGGCGGGAUUGCAAUGUAAUUUUAAAAAAUUGGGAAAUGAUAUACAAUGAAUUGAAGAAAAUAUUCCAUCUAACAUUUGUUUAAAAACCCAAAGCAUUUCUGCUAGGGAUUAUAUGGAAAGACCUGCUAAAGAAGCUGAAAAACAUCUUCAUGUACGCAACGGUGGCGAGAGUCUUAAUAGCACAAGGAUGGAAGAGUGAGGAAACCCCGACUAAAGAAAUAUGGCAAGAGAAAUUGAUGGACUGUGCAGAACUGGCAAAAUUGACACAUAAACUACGGGACAAGGAUAAUUGUGACUUUAAAGAUGAAUGGGAACCUUUUACAAAGUACUUAAAGAUGCAACAAAGUGAAUUGGACUCCUUGGCAGGUUUUGAAUAAACACUGUGUUUUAAGAUAUGUGUUUUAAGAUAAUAUGUUUUGUUUAAAUUCCUAAUAAAAAUUAAAAAACAACAACAAUCAAUUCCUCUAUCCAGGGAACUCCUUAUCCCAAUGUCACAUUUUUCACCUUCUCAACACCUAUGAAAUUAGGAUGAGGCUUGGACCACAGGUUGCCCAGUCCUGCGUCUCAGGCAGCUAGCACCUUGCAACACUGUAACUUGCAGACAUUCCUUUCCACCUGAGUCUGUCCAGCUCCCAUCUCUGAACUGCAGCUGUCCAUAGUCAGCAGCCGGUGGGGACAGGUGCAUUUGCUCUGAUGCUAGAUCUCAUGCUUUGAUGCAGAGGGUCCACUGCUUCCGCCAUCUCAGGCUGCGAAAGACUCCUGUCUGUAACCACUUCCCUCAGCAUGUGUUUGUCAGGGCAGCCGCUCAGCGCCCUGCAGAUGUCUGAAGAAGAGGAGUUUGGAUUUGAUAUCCACUGCCUGUUCAAAUUUCACUACCUGUUCAAGGAGUUUCUGAUCAAAGCAGUCAUCAACAUUCUCCUUUCUCUUCCUCGCUGCUCCAACAAGACACUCGUAUGAGGUGAGUGGGGCUGAGAGCUUCAGAGUACAGUGUGACUGCAGCCCAAGGUCUAUCCCAGCAGCUGCAAUGUGGAGGAGCUGGGAAGCGAACCCAGUUCACCAGAUUCACGAGUCCAACGCUCUUAGACCACUACAUCCACACUGGCUUCUAAAGUUGAGUCUAGCAACAAGUCUCCAUUCAGAUACUUUGUCAGCUGCCUGUACCAAAGGCCCCAGGGACGAUGGGAUGAUGUAGCUCAAUCUGAUAGGGCUAUCUGUCAUUGACUACCUGCAGUGUCAAUGCAGCUUGAAGCGUUGAGUCCUGACAAGCACUGCUUUCGAGGAUCAGGACGGUGGCAGGUUACUGUACUUUACCCUCAGUUCUGCAUGGUGUAACUGUGCUCCUGAAGGAUCCACGUGUCUCCAGCUUCUGAGGAGUUCAACAUUUUAGAUGAUCACAGCUGUCUCAUGGAGGCACAGUGUCUAAGCUCUAGUGUCCAGGGCAGCUGUUUAUCAGCUCCAUCUGAAAUGCGCAGGCUGAGACCCUACCUGCCUGCGGACUGUCUCAGUGCCAGAGUGAGGUAGACAUUUGCGUCUAGUUAUCCUCUCUGCUCUGGUACUACUGCAAGUGCACUUGUCACGUGUGAGCUACUCAUUGAAGGUGACUUCAGAAGCUACAACUGAUCCAGGAAUACGGCAGCUAGACUCGGUGACUGGCGGCGGCCGCUCCACGGACCAUAUAGCAGCCGGCUCUUGAAAGCACCUACAUUGGCCCCCUGUACGCUUCCGAGCACAGUUCAGUAUUGGUUCUGCAGCUUGAGGGCGCUAAAGGUGCCCGCCCAGAUACCAUGGUCACAGGCUUCAUCCGCCUGUGAUUCUGAAGGGUCCCAGCUCGCCGUAGCGGAAAAGACCCGUCUGCGCGGAGCUAGUCCCUCCAGAUCAGAGUGUCCGCCAUUGCGAGGCAAAGCCACAGGAAGUCCAGGCAGAGGCUACCGCUCUCGACCAGUGGCGCCACACUGGCUCUGUGGAACGCCCUUCCAGCAGAUGUCACUAGCGAUCAAGCAACUACUUCUGGACAUUCAGUGAGACAUCUUAGAAGCAGCCCUGUAUCAGGGAAGCGUUUUAACCGAUGUGCCACUGUAUUUCUCAGCAUGUAUUUGUCAGGUUCAGCUAUGGCAGCACGCCUGCAGAUGUUGAACUACGACUCCGUGAGGCCCAGCCAUUGAUGAGGCCCCAGGGAUGAUGGAGAGAUGUAGCUUAUCUGAUUGUUAUGUCAUUGAUUACCUGUAGUAUUAUGUAAUACUUGGGCUUCCAGAUGCCAACAAGGGAAGACUUUCUUCCUGUGGUGUGCGCUAAGCAAGUUCCCUUUAUAUUGUGCUUAUUAGAUUAUGGGCCUGCAAACAGGGCCUUAUAAUUUAAUCUCUAUACAGCACUUCGAAAAUUGUAGGCAAAUUAUAAGUGAUAAUUAAUAGCAACAUGUGAGGUCCGCAACAAAAUGUUGCAGCGUGAAGCCUGCGGGACCCUCCUGCUGCUUGUAAAAUUGUGCUGACAGGAAGCUGAGGUGUGCGUCUUAAAAUGCAGCACGGGUUCCACCAUUAAUAAUAUUAUUAAUAUACCUGAAGGAGCGUCUCCACCCACAUCGUUCUGCCCAGACACUGAGGCCCAGCUCCGAGGGCCUCUUGGCAGUUCCCUCCCCGUGAGAAGCGAGGUUACAGGGAACCAGGCAGAGGGCCUUCUCGGUAGUGGCGCCUGCCCUGUGGAACACCCUCCUGUCAGAUGUCAUGGAAAUACAACAACUAUCUGACUUUUAGAAGACAUCUGAAGGCAGCCCUGUUUAGGGAAGUUUUUAAUGUUUGAUGUUUUCGUGUGUUUUAGUGUUCUGUUGGGAUCCGCCCAAUGGCUGGGAAACCCAGUCAGAUGAGCAGGGUAUAAAUAAUAAAAAUUAUUAUUAUUAAUAAUAUUGUCUCCUGAAACAGAUGCCAACAACAGAAAUAUUACUACUCCUAAUACUAACAAUAAAUAAUAGAGGUAAAUAUGAGGAUUUAUGUAGCACUUUUCAGUCUUCAAAGCGCUACAAUUAUCACACUAGAACUCCCAGCAGCCUUCGCUUGUCUGGCGCCCGCCAGAUGUUUUGAACUACAACUCCCAUCAGCCCUGGGCUGCCUCACAUAAACUGGAAAGUAGAGGAGACGACUCCAUAGUACAGUGAGAAACCAGCAACAAGCUAUGGGACUGUUCCGGAGGGCUAAUUACUUUCUGGUCCUACCUCGCGGUUUCUAGCCGGACUCCAAUAGACAGAGCACCAAGUAUUGGCACGCGCGCGUGGACCACUUCGCUUUGGGCGGCUUCCUGAAGCCACAUCCGCCCUCAUCGGUGCGUGCCCUUUCCGCCUCCCCUUCCGCCAUGGAUCAACGCAGAGCGGGAGGAAUUCCUUCGUGCGCGAAACCUUGCAGUUGUCGGAAGGGUGUUUAGGUAAUUAUGAUGGGGGUGCGGGUCUCGCGUGAAGACAGGUUUCUGGGGGGAAAUCACGGAAUGGUAGGGUUGGAAAGGGACCUCCUAGGGUCAUCUAGUCCAACCCGCGGAAAACAGGACUCUCAGCUAGAUCAUGGCCAUCCAACCUCCGCUUAAAAACCCUCAAGGAAAGGACAGUGAGGUGGGGAGAGGGGCAGCUGCCAAAUUUCCUGACUGUGGGUUUCUCCCCAUGGGGACAUUCUGCUGGCCGCUGUAAGGGCAGGACGCUGGAAUAGAUGGGCCUGAUCCUGCAGGCCUCUUAAAGGUAAAGGGACCCCUGACCAUUAGGUCCAGUUGUGGCCGACUCUGGGGUUGCGGCGCUCAUCUCGCUUUAUUGGCCGAGGGAGCCGGCGUCCAGCCUCUGGGUCAUUUGGCCAGCAUGACUAAGCUGCUUCUGGCGAACCAGAGCAGCGCACGGAAACGCCGUUUACCUUCCCGCCGGAGCAGUACUUAUUUAUCUACUUGCACUUUGAUGUGCUUUCGAACUGCUAGGUUGGCAGGAGCAGGGACCGAGCAACGGGAGCUCACCCCGUCACAGGGAUUCGAACCGCCGACCUUCUGAUCGGCAAGCCCUUGGCUCUGUGGUUUAACCCACAGUGCCACCCACGUCCCUGCUGCGCUCUUAUUCAGCUGUAAAAAGAUCCCCCAUCACCAAUGGGUAAUGUUUGCCUCUCUGUAAGGCACCCGGCUUUCCCAAAGGAGUGGAAGAUUUCUGGAUGCCAACAGGUAAGGCGUUGCAGAGAUGUGAAGUGCCUACAGAAAAACUAUUUCUCUUCCCUAACACUCUGUGUGUGUUUGUGAGUGAGUGUGCUCACACAUUAGGUAAAUAGAUAGUAUCAGGUGUCAAACACAAGGAUAAUGAGCUAGGUCUUUGGUAUAAAACCCAACAGGAGGGCAAUUUGAUUUUUAAGGGGAAAUUUGAGAAUGAGUUAUUAACAGUGAACUUGUUUGCAUUUUGCAUUUCUUAUGGUUCUAGGGGCCUCAUAUACCGCAUAUAAAUAUAUAUUGUGACAUACAUUCCUUUUUCAUUUCAUUUUUAAAAUUUGUAUACCGUCUUUCUAUCUUACAAUACUCAAGGCGGUUUACAAGCUGAAAAAACAAAAAAUGUACAACUUAUAACAAUCUAAUGCAAUACAAAAAUGCAACAAUAAAACAAAACUUUAAAAUAAGCAACCUACAUCAAAAAGUAACAUUCAACAAUUAUUAGAAUAGCACAAAAUAAUAAUAUCAACAUAUAAAAGUUAAACAGAAAUCCACUCAACAGUUACAAUAAAUAAUUUAUAAACUUCUAAUUUCUAAUACACAAGCAAUGUGGAGGCCAUGUUCUUUGGAAGCUUGUUUAGACCAAGUUAAUGGCCUUUUCGGCUUCCUCCACAUGUGUAGGAGUUCUUUUUUUUAAUAAUAAGAAUUAUGUGUUACGGGGUGGGGGGCAUCAAGAUUUUAGAGACGCUUAGGUGGAGAAUGGCCAAAAUAAGGUUGGGAACCACUGGUAUAAAACAAAGGUCAUACAGCUCAGCUGAGCAAAGCAGAGAUGGAGGUGUGUGGUCAGAACCCAGGGGGAGGGCGCUGGGUACUGAUCCUGCAUCUCCCCCCACAGCGUCAAGCCCUUUCCACCACAUGCCCGCUCCCAUGGCGUCAAGGUACCAGCGUCGCCUGUGGCGCUACAUCGAUUCCAGCCGCCGCCGCAAACUGCGCAGGCUCCUGCAGCACCACGGGGAAGCCUUGGACCUGGGCGAGGCGGCCGGGCGCAAGCUCCGAACGCCCCUUCACCGGUGCUGCGCCCGACAGGACCACAAAACCGCCAUCCUCCUGCUGAAGCACGGAGCGGACCCGUCCAUUCCGGACCGGCGUGGGGACACAGCUCUGCAUGUGGCUGCCCGACAGGUGGCCCGCAAGGGAGGCACAGGUGAGGCACGGCCUUUGAGUAGUUCCUUGGUCAGCUUAUGGACAUGCUAAGUCCUUUGCACAUGGGGCUCUGUGGUUGUCUGUUGUGGGUGGAGGAGAUGGAAUAUGGAAGGAUGGAGGUUGAAGGGAUCUGUAUGGUUUUCCAGGCCAACUCCCUCACAGGGCAGGAAAUCUACUGCCACAGCAUCCCUGAUUGGUUGCAUAAUAGCGUCCCUGAUAGGUAGGACUACGGCGUCCUUGGCAGGCUGUAAAAUAUUAAUCAGCCUUAUAAAACUUAUAACACUUAAAAGGUAAAGGUAAAGGGACCCCUGACCAUUAGGUCCAGUCGUGACUGACUCUGGGGUUGCGGCGCUCAUCUUGCGUUAUUGGCCGAGGGAGCCGGCGUACAGCUUCCAGGUCAUGUGGCCAGCAUGACUAAACAGCUUCUAGUGAACCAGAGCAGCACAUGGAAACACCGUUUACCUUCCCCUGGAGCAGUAUCUAUUUAUCUACUUGCACUUUGACGUGUUUUUGAACUGCUAGGUUGGCAGGAGCAGGGACCGAGCAACGGGAGCUCACCCCGUUGUGGGGAUUCGAACCACUGACCUUCUGAUCGGCAAGUCCUAGGCUCUGUGGUUUAACCCACAGCACCACCCGCGUCCCUUUUAUAACACUUAAGAACGGUUUCACACACACACACACACACACACACACACACACUAAACAACACCCACACAAGUUAAAACCUUGCUGUGAGGAUAAAAUGGGGAGGAGAACCAUGUACUCCACCUUGAGCUAUUGUGGAAAGGUGGACUAUAAAAUUUAUGUAUUUAUUUCUUUAUCUAUAUAUACAUGGGUGUAGCCAAAGGGGGGGGCAGGGAGAGGCAGCUGCCCCCCAAUCAAUAAAAAUACAUAGCUAACUAAGGUUCCCCUCCACAAAAGGCCUGCCCCCACAAAAAUCCUGGCUAUACCUAUGUUCAGUGGUACCUCUGGAUACAAACGGGAUCUGUUCUGGAGCCCCGUUCGCAUCCUGAAGCGAACGCAACCAGUGUCUGCACGUGCGCGGGACGCCGCUUCCGCACAUGCGCGUGACAUCAUUUUGAGUGUUUGUGCAUGCGCGAGCGGCAAAACCCGGAAGUAUCGCGUUCGGUUACUUCUGGGUCGCCACAGAGCACAACCCGAAAACGCUCAACCUGAAGCUAUUUAACCCGAGGUAUGACUGUACAGUGGUACCUCGGGUUACAUACGCUUCAGGUUACAUAUGCUUCAGGUUACAGACUCCGCUAACCCAGAAAUAGUACCUUGGGUUAAGAAGUUUACCUCAGGAUGAGAACAGAAACUGCGCGGUGGCGGCGCGGCAGCAGCAGGAGGCCCCAUUAGCUAAAGUGGUGCUUCAGGUUAAGAACAAUUUCAGGUUAAGAACGGAUCUCCGGAACAAAUUAAGUACUUAACCUGAGGUACCACUGUAUAUAUAAAAAGGCCUGGAUUUCCUGUCAUAUUGCAGCCAUUAGAGGGCACUGGAGGGAGGGUUUGCCUGAUGCUGUUAGGUCGGUUGCCAUUCAUUAAUCUCGGUUUUUUGUUCUUUGCCUUCUCCCAGUCUACGAAGACCUGUUUUCGCCCUUGCGAAACCGUUGCCCCUCUGCAAUGAGCAUCAGGAACAGAGAUGGGAAGACGCCAGGAGAACUCCUGAGGGAAGAGGAAGAGAAAUGGGUACCGGCAUGGGUCCGUGGGGGAAGGGUAAGGUUGGGUUUCAGGUGCUUCCUGACCAGACUGGAUGCUGAUACCUUCCGUAACUUUUUUUGCAGUGCUCUCAGGAGGCGUCUGAGGAAGACAAGGCAGAGGGUGACGCAGAGAGGGAAUGGCGCCGCAAACUCCUCGGCGAAUGGGAGGACGAGUUUCAGGAGAUGGGCUGGCAAUAUGAAGGUGAAGCUCAGCCUCGCAGAGUCAAACGUUCUGUGAGAGCCAGUGUAGUGGUUAGAGUGUUGAACUAGGCCCCGGGAGACCUGGGUUCAAAUCCACCGCCCCUCAGCUUAACCUACCCCGCAGAGCUGCUGGAAGGAUAAAAUGGGGAGGGGGAGAGCCAUAUGCCUCCUUCAGUUGCUUGUAGGACAGGUGGGAUAUACAUUUUAUUUAUUAUUAUUAUUUGCACUACGUUUGGCCUGCAUAUUUUUUAGUCCCAGAUCAAAGUAAUCAAAAUAAACACAGGCCUGAACAAAAAUUCAUCAUCAUCAUAAACUUUAUUGCACUAGCCAUGGCAUCAUUCACAAAGGAAACAAAAAGAAAAGCAACAACAACCAUAAAAACCAUAAAUACAUCAGGCACUGCAAAUACAAGGAACUACGGUCACGUCUCCUAGAAAUUAUUUGUUGCAUACGAUGUAAUAGCAGGGGGUUCUCAGGUAAAAUGUGCCAGCAUAAAUGUCCGAAUCACCUUUGCAAUUGACCUCUAUUUUAUCUAGUUCUUUUCUCCGGAUCUUCUUAGCUGCCAACACAUAUAGUGCUGCUUUAUAAGUUACGAAGUCAUCAGUAAGAACAAAAAUUAGAUAAUCAUAUAUAAACAGGUCCAAUAAACAACAAAGUAACCAUUCUGGCAUAAGCAAAAGGGCAAUGGCAGUGUGACGCGGCAGCUAAAAAAGCCAAUGCAAUUCUGGGCUGCAUCAGUUGGAGUAUAGCAUCUAGAUCAAGGGAAGUAAUAGUGCCACUGUAUUCUGCUCUGGUCAGACCUCACCUGGAGUACUGUGUCCAGUUCUGGGCACCACAGUUCAAGAAGGACACUGACAAACUGGAACGUGUCCAGAGGAGGGCAACCAAAAUGGUCAAAGGCCUGGAAACGAUGCCUUAUGAGGAACGGCUAAGGGAGCUGGGCAUGUUUAGCCUGGAGAAGAGGAGGUUAAGGGGUGAUAUGAUAGCCAUGUUCAAAUAUAUCAAAGGAUGUCACAUAGAGGAGGGAGAAAGGUUGUUUUCUGCUGCUCCAGAGAAGCGGACACGGAGCAAUGGAUCCAAACUACAAGAAAGAAGAUUCCACCUAAACAUUAGGAAGAACUUCCUGACAGUAAGAGCUGUUCGACAGUGGAAUUUGCUGCCAAGGAGUGUGGUGGAGUCUCCUUCUUUGGAGGUCUUUAAGCAGAGGCUUGACAACCAUAUGUCAGGAGUGCUCUGAUGGUGUUUCCUGCUUGGCAGGGGGUUGGACUCGAUGGCCCUUGUGGUCUCUUCCAACUCUAUGAUUCUAUGAAAAAUUAAAAAAAAUCGGAUUUAACCAAAGGACUUUGCUAAAGCCAAACAUAAGACAUUUAAGCAGAGUAACCAGCCAAUGGCCUUAGCAACAGUUCCCUCCCCAUUUUUUCACUUAUGGGAGUCUACUCGCUCCCCCUCUGCUUUUCCCUGCUCUGUGUAAGGUGUGCCUCCCUGGGGAUGUACAAGUAAUAAUAAUAAUAAUAAUUUAUUAUUUAUACCCCGCCCAUCUGGCUGAGUUUCCCCAGCCACUCUGGGAGGCUUCCAAUCGAGUGUUAAAAACAAUACAGCAUUAAAAGUUCCUCCCUGAGACAGGGACCCUGACUUCUAGGCCUGAAUGUACCUAGGGGGUCAGGGCAGACUAUUUCCCUCUUGUUUUAAAAACUUUUUAAAAAAAACAUAUAUAUAUUGUACUUUGCCUACAGGGCUGCUGGGUGCGUUGCUGAGAAGCCGGCAAACAGCCCUCCAAAUCUGUCUUCUCCAGGCAAAGCACGAGCCGCGAUCUGUAAGACAAACCUUGCCCACGGCUCGUGGUUUGCCUGGAGUGAGGCAAACCAUGGGCCCAGUUUCAAACGACUUGCUAAGCCAAGCCACGGCUUAGUUCACGGUGGCACAACCAAAAGAGCAAAAAGGCUACGACCUUUCCUCUGAUAACCUGCAUACUUACAGCUCCACACUAAACCAUGGUUUGUCGUAGUGUUACACGCAAAACGGCUGGGCUCCUGCAGCAGAUUAUAUUGACGGCUUUCUGUGCUGAUCACCAGGGGGGAGGCGGGAAUUGGUCACCGGGGUGACCCUUGGCUUGGGAAAAUAUUGCAAAAGAUUAUUAAUUAAUUAAUUAAAUUCAUAACAGUGGUACCUCGGGUUAAGAACUUAAUUCAUUCUGCAGGUCUGUUCUUAACCUGAAACUGUUCUUAACCUGAGGUACCACUUUAGCUAAUGGGGCCUCCCACUGCCGCCGCGCUGCCGCCAUGUGAUUUCUGUUCUCAUCCUGAAGCAAAGUUCUUAACCCAAGGUACUAUUUCUGGGUUAGCGGAGUCUGUAACCUGAAGCAUAUGUAACCUGAAGCAACUGUAACCCGAGGUGCCACUGUACAACCCUUCACCUGAAGUUCUCAGAGUGGUUCACAAGAUAAAAAUACAGGAUAAAGCAGGAAAGAAAUAGUUUUUUUAAAAAAAAAACCUCCCACAAGCACAAUUUAAAGGCCAUAGAAUAUUGAUCAGCUGCAGCCAAAGUUGUGUUAUCACUUCCAUAAUUGCCAUUUUGUCUGAGAAUUGUCAUCCUAGAAAUUUAAAUAAGUUCUCUUCCUCCUCCUUGGUUCACACAGCUGUUAUGAGGAAUCCGAUGAUGUGUCUGGCCAACUGCCGUCCGAGUGCCAUGUUCAGCUGGGUGUAUAAUGGGUGAGACGAUCCUUUAAGUUGUAUUCUCGAAUUCCUCUUCCCUUUUCGCCCUUCCCAGAGGAUUUCUACACCGCUGGACCAGACACGGAAACCUACGAGGACUGGGCCGACCGCAUCGCUCGCGAAUACAGGCAGAGGUGCAGCUGGGACAACGAACGCCUUCGCCAGAGGCCUAAAGCGGAACCGCAGAAACCUCCGCCUAAGUUGGGGAGCCUCCGUGAGGAGGAGCACCUGCUCUACAAACAGCGGGCCCGAGCCAAGGAAAAGGAACUGAGGGAAGCCAAGAAGCUGCGCUACGAGGAAGGCUGCAGCCGGGUUUUCUCCGCCGACGGUUCGCGCCUUUUGAGAUACGUGGACAUUCCCUGGCCGUGCGCGGCUGGGACGCCAGAGGAGAUGGCCACCGUGGCGCUCCACGGCAUGGAGCCCUCCGACAAAGCGGCUUACCGGCGCUUCCUGCGGCGCCAGCAGGCCCUCUGGCACCCGGACAAGUUUGCCCAACGCUGCGGGGCACGCUUGGCAGAACAGGAUCGCCGCCAGAUAUUGGACACUGUCACGGCGCUGUCCCAAGCGUUCAACCGGCUAGCAGAAGCUUGCAAAUAA